AUGGAACAGCACUCCAAUGGUCUACAACUCAGGUACAAUGAGUACAAGCAAACAAUGGAGAACCUUCAAGCCAAAAUCAUCGAGCUGGGUAACGAUAAAGACGAACAUGAGGUGGUCCUGGCAACACUAAACGAUACAGAUUCUAGCAGGAAGUGCUACAGAAUGAUAGGUGGGGCUCUAGUGGAAACAAAUGUGAAAUCAACAAUUCCAGUGCUUGAAACAAAAAAAGGUAACCUGAGCGCUUCUAUAUCAACCCUCAAAGCUGAACUCGUGAAGACUGCCGAGGAGUUUGAGAAGUGGAAAAAAGAUAAUAAAAUUCAAGUGGUUCGCCAAUAG